AUGUCAUGCUCACACGACAAUCUCCGUGCUGAUAUCAGGCAAUAUGGUCCGGGGAAGAAGCUCACACUGUUCCCUCACUCGCCGCCAGAUCCCCAUGGUCGCUCGACCUACAAACACAACGAUCCGGCCAACAACUUAGGCGUCGAGAUCAUAGAGCGCCUUUCCAACGGCAGCGAUGGCGAUAACCAAGUGCUCUUGGUCAGGGUUUUUCACAAACCUGUGACCGACCUCAAAUUCACCGUUCCCGACACCCAAGAAAUUGUGGUCGUCAAGAUCUUUGACCCCCUCUUCAACCCGGAGGAUGCAGAAGAAGGCCCUUGGAAGGUGGCCUCCAGGGCCGACAUGAAACUUAGCCGCGAGGCUGGUGCAUACAAGGAAUUGCACAAGAACAACCUGACUGGCUAUCCCCGUCUCGCUCCUCAGUACUGCGGCUGUUGGACGACCCGUCUUAUGAGCUACUCUCCAGACUUCGAGGGAGUGACGCGACAUGUAGGCCUCGUGCUUCUGGAGUACAUUUAG